AGGGCUGGUGCACUGAGGACGCAGUCGCUCGCUCCUCUGUCUCUCUGUGCGGUUCAAGGGAAGCGGACUGACGAGUCUAGCUCUACAUUUGAGCAGCAGAGCUCAGAUCUUAACGGGAUAAACUCACCGAGGAGAGGAGAAGUUGUAGAAGCGCUGCGUAAAGACGCACGUAGAGUUAUCCAAGAAGGGACUCUGAACUACGGGGCACGUUGUUUUUUGUCACCCGUUUCUAUCAGUCUCUUUUUCUCCCCAAAUCGGAUUCUUUUCAACAUUUUCAGAACAGAUUUUUUUUUUUUUUUUUUUACAACUUUCACACCAGCGAAAUCCAUUUUCCUCGUUCGCUGUUCGGUUUUAAUUUCCCUCCAUGGAUUUAGCGCUGUGAGCGGCCGGCUGCAGUGGACUUUGCCCCCGAGGAUCGCUGCUCCUUCUCCCCCGGUCACCAGGACAGCUGUCGUUCAUGUUGCAGGGGGCUGUUUUUGAUGGAUUUAUAAGGUCGACUUCGAUUUCAGCAGGAUACACGAACCCUGGAACCAGCUCACAGACUGCUUUUGGGGGAGGAUACACCGGGGGUCUCCAAAUGAGGAUUUCAAUAUUCACCCAGAUCGACAGGGACAAGGAGUGAUUUCACCCCCCUAGUUGGUGCCAGUCAUCGCUGCGAGGACAGACCGGGAGGAAAGGAUCCAGAUUUAGAGACUUUGUGGGUUUCGGAAGUCGCCAAUGCCAGGGACCAGAGUGUGAGGCCCACUCCAGGCUUCUAAACUUGUAAUUUUGCCCCUUUUCAACCACAAGACACACGCGCCACAUCUAGAAGAUGGUGAGGAUCUGCAUGUUCUGCGUUCUCCUGCUCGGUUUGGUGGACAGAGUCUCAGCCAGAGCCAUUGAGGAGUUAAGAACUAAAGAUCUUCGGGUCUCCAGGCCUCUGAUCGUGCCGGGUUACCCAGAAAACACCACGGCGGUGGUGGGUGGUCAGGCGAAGCUGGUGUGUAAAGUCCACAGGCCGGCGUCCACCAAGGUGCAGUGGCUGAAGACCGAGUCUGGAGGUCCAGGACGGAGUCAGGGAGGAGCGCCCCGCCUCAGGCCUCUGACGGCCCUGCAGAGCAACGGGUCCAAGGUGAACACUCUCCAUCUGUCCAACAUCACUUUGGAGGAUGCCGGCGAGUACAUCUGUAUGGCCGAAAGCAGCCACGCGGGACAGACAGUGCAGGCCAUGCAGUCAGCGUGGCUGGAGGUCCUCCCUGGUACCAUCAUUUCCCAAACGGUGGACCUGACUGCUGCGGAAAUGCCCUCAGAUGUUCUUGAGGACCUGAAUGAGGACACCACCGAGCAUCUUCUGUUGGAGCCAGGAAACGUCCUGAAGCUGCGCUGUGACAUGAGCAGCCGGCCCGGCAUGGCGGUGAACUGGUACAAGGAGGGAGUCCGGGUUCUGCCGACACCUCGCAUCCAGAUGCGCGGCGCCAUCGUGGAGAUCACGGACGUAACAUACGAGGAUUCCGGCGUCUAUGUUUGCAUUCUCCGAGGAACCAAAGAGCCUGUGAGGAACUUCACCAUCACUGUGGCAGACUCAUUAGGAUCCGGAGACGAUGACGAAGACAACGGCUUGGAGGACUCAUCGACUGAGAUCGAAAAUGACCAAGUUUACUUCUCCAGAGGCCCUUACUGGACGCACACCCAGCGAAUGGAGAAGAAGCUGUACGCUGUUCCUGCAGGCAACACGGUGAAAUUUCGCUGCCCGGCGAUGGGCAGCCCUAUGCCAACCAUCCGCUGGCUCAAAAACGGACGUGAAUUUAGAGGAGAGCAUCGUAUUGGGGGCAUCAAGCUGAGACACCAACACUGGAGCCUGGUGAUGGAGAGCGUCGUGCCCUCAGACAGAGGAAACUACACCUGUGUGGUGGAGAACAAAUAUGGCUCCAUCGCUCACAGCUACGUCCUCGAUGUCCUGGAGCGAUCGCCCCACAGGCCGAUCCUGCAGGCCGGUCUGCCCGCCAACACCACAGCAGUGGUGGGCAGCGAUGUCCAGUUCCACUGUAAAGUGUACAGCGACGCUCAGCCUCACAUCCAGUGGCUGAAGCACAUCCAGAGGAACGGCAGUCGCUACGGUCCUGAUGGGACUCCAUACGUUCAGGUCCUCAAGACGGGAAGCCUGAACAUGUCAGAGGUGGAGGUGCUCUACCUGUCCAAAGUUACAAUGGAGGAUGCAGGAGAAUACACCUGUCUGGCUGGAAACUCUAUCGGCUUUGCUCACCAGUCUGCCUGGCUCACCGUGAUUUCAGAGGAGGAAGCAGCAGACAGCAUGGACACCAUGGAGACUAAAUACACUGACAUCAUCAUCUACGCCUGUGGAUUCCUGGCUUUGAUCAUGGCCAUCGUCAUCGUGGUGUUGUGUCGGAUGCAGGUUCAUCCGAGGAGGGAGCCGUUCGACGCCCUACCUGUGCAAAAGCUUUCCAAGUUUCCUUUGCGUAGACAGUACUCGGUGGAAUCCAACUCGUCAGGGAAGUCCAGUGCGUCUCUAAUGAGAGUCGCUCGCCUCUCGUCCAGCUGCUCUCCGAUGUUGGCUGGAGUCAUGGAGUUUGAGCUUCCCUACGACCCGGACUGGGAGUUUCCUAGAGAGAAUUUAACGUUGGGCAAACCUCUUGGAGAGGGCUGCUUCGGUCAGGUGGUCCGAGCCGAAGCUUACGGCAUCAACAAGGACUCUCCUGAACAGGCCACCACCGUGGCUGUCAAGAUGCUCAAAGAUGAUGCCACAGACAAAGAUCUGGCCGACCUGAUCUCUGAGAUGGAGCUGAUGAAGGUGAUGGACAAACACAAGAACAUCAUCAACCUGCUGGGAGUCUGCACACAGGAUGGUCCUCUGUAUGUGCUGGUGGAAUACGCAUCCAAAGGCAGUCUGAGGGAGUACCUGCGUGCCCGGCGACCUCCAGGCAUGGAUUACACCUUUGAUGUGACCAAGGUGCCCGAGGAGCAGCUCACCUUCAAAGACCUGCUGUCCUGCGCCUACCAGGUGGCCCGAGGGAUGGAGUACCUGGCCUCCAAGAGGUGCAUCCACAGAGAUCUGGCAGCCAGGAACGUUCUGGUGACGGAGGACAACGUGAUGAAGAUCGCUGACUUCGGCCUGGCCAGAGGAGUUCACCAGAUCGACUACUACAAGAAAACCACCAACGGUCGGCUGCCGGUGAAGUGGAUGGCACCUGAAGCCUUGUUUGACAGAGUCUACACACACCAGAGUGACGUGUGGUCGUUCGGUGUGCUGAUGUGGGAGAUUUUCACGUUGGGUGGUUCGCCGUAUCCUGGCAUCCCCGUUGAGGAACUUUUCAAGCUGCUGAAGGAAGGACAUCGCAUGGAUAAACCCUCCAACUGCACACAUGAACUCUACAUGAUGAUGCGUGAGUGCUGGCAUGCCGUUCCCACCCAGAGGCCAACCUUCAAGCAGCUGGUGGAGGAGCUGGACCGAGUGCUGCUGUCCAUCUCUGACGAGUACUUGGACCUGUCGACACCUUUCGAGCAGUACUCCCCGUCAUGUGAGGACACGUCCAGCUCCUGCUCUUCCGACAACGACUCUGUUUUUACCCAUGACGCAUUGUCCACCGACCCCUGCCUGCUGGGCUACCAGGACGUUCGCUCCCGGAUAGACAUGAAGGCGGCUCUCCGAUAGACACACAAACACUAGAGUGGAAACCCGCUACCUUGGACUGUAACACAUCCGCUGGCGGUCGCGCUGAAGGUCCGACGCCGCAAGGUUAAGUUAAAGAUUUUAUGCUCAUGAUGUUUUCGUUGGACCUCCAUUACGGCCCCAGUCAAAGCCCUUAGAAAUAGAUAGGCAUUUAUACACACACAUACACAGAUGCAUACACAAAGCACUGAGGCCAGUGGGCUUCAUCACACGGUGGAGGUUUGAAGAAAAGAAACACUUCAUCGUGAGCAGAAGAUAAAAGGACAAACUGAACAUGGUACUUCGGGUGAUCGGCUCUGACGCCGUGCUCGAGAACGGCUGAAACGUUGGAAAAACUGUGGCACGAAACUCAGCAGAAGAGACCCUGGUACUCGAAACGCCUUGAAGUGCUUUCUUUGAUCGACGGACAAUGAUCUCCUACCACAAAACCCGAAACCGGGGCUUGAAACCUCAAAAAGACAUUUUAACAGAAACAAACAAACAAACAAAAAAAAGAUUUAUUUUGCUAUGAUAAAAAAAUAAGAAACUGAUUGUUAAAUAUAAAUCUCUCUAUAUAAGAUUAUUUUACUUUUGUGUUGCUUAUUUAAAAAAAGAAAACAGUCUUAAAUCUCAGGAUCUCUCAUGCUAAGAAGUUGCUGUAGUGGCAGCAAAGUGCCUGAACUGAUGAUUUCCUGUGAAUAUAUUAGAAUAUUAAAAUAUUGUAUGUACAUAUCAACAGCAGAAAGAAAGACGAUUUCCUUUUAUAAAUUAUUCUGAAUGACACAAAAAUGAAGGUUACUGGAGGCAAACGGAGAGAGGAAUUUAAUCAAGUGCCAAACCUCUUACAGCUGUCACACUGUCUUCAUGUUCAGGUUUCUUUCCAAAAUAACUCAUUUGUGCCCAAUAAUCUACACUGGUAUCCCAAAUUAGAGUCAAACCCAAAUCACUGCAGUAGCUGAUGAAGAAACACACAUUUUCCCACCAACAAUUCCAACAAUUUAAUUAUUUGUGUCUAGAAAAAUUACCGAUUACGCCUUUAAACGUGGCUUAAACUUGGGACAUUUUUGGAAUGAAACCCUCCAUUUGUUGUUUAGUUCCAAGAAAUCCGUUUAUUGUUAAAUACCACAGGGAGCCCAGUUAUUGUUGUUGUUGUUGGACGGAGACCACAGAAGUUUUGUCGAUCGAGCUGUAACGCAUUACAAAACGAGUUUUGAUCAGGUCUCAAAGCCUGUCAGGUUACGAGGCGGACUUGUUUACUCGUAAAAGGAACCAAUGCAACAUUUCGUGGUCCUCCAAGUCUUUGUCAGGGACAGUGUGUCCAGGGUGGGACUCGACGUAGCAGGAGGACUCUGUGGGGAGCUGGCCCAAGCCCACUGUCACUGCUGACAAGGAGAGGAAGGCCGGGAGGAGAGGGGAGGAGGGGGGACACUGAAUGUGAAAGCCUGUGUGAUUGAUUUCAAAUAGAGGAGGAGGGGGAGGGACCCUCCUUUGUCUGGCUGUAACCCUUCACCCAGCCCAAUCUGUUGGCGAGGGGUCCUCAGGUCCGCAGCCUGGCCGGACAAUGAAAGCUUUGCAGGCUUAAUGGGUGUGACUACGGACCAGAGGGAGUUUUGGGGGUGGUGGUGUGGGUAUAGCUUGGGCUUGUGUGCAAAUGAAGAGGCUCUUAUUAUGGUAAUGGCUCCUCUUCUCUCCCAAACGUCCCUAUCUUUAUCCCCACGGCCACCAUCUUUUAAAUUACAAAUCUUAAUUCAGAUUCGCCGCUGCCACCAGCACCAGCUGUAGGCAAUUCCCCUGUGGGGUGAAAUGCCAACUGAGUCCUAGUCUGCCUCCUGAAUCUGACCAACAAUUGAGACACAAACAAAACAACCGUUGACAGUUGUGUGGAAAGAGAUCAAUCUGUAUGAUUGGCGAAUUUCUUUCUGUGGAACUCUGAUCCAUCAGCAAAAUCUGCAUCACCAGCACUAAGAAAAAUGGAGGGUUUCAUUCCAGAAUGUUUUAAAUUCAUCCACCAGUUGUGUUUGUAAACCACCAUCACGUCUGUUCACCUCAUUUGUUUUCCCUCGUCGGUCAUCUUUCUCAUUUAGGACUGAUGCUCUUCUACAUUUACAUCCACAAAGUGUCCAAACACACGAGCAUUUUUACAUUCCAGUUAUCUGCUCUUCUCCCAGAUACCAAUUGUAAACAAUCACAACGUUCUUAAGCAUUUCCUCAAGAGAAUUAUUUUAGAAAUAUCUAAUUUAUUUGUUUAUUGUUUUGUUUUUAUAUGAAAUAAAGUAUAAUUUAAAAUAAA